AUGAGCUAUAGAACCAACUGCGCCGCUCCGAACGCUUUGAAUAACUCCAAUGAAAACAAUUUAAACAAAAUAGACGACAGCGCAAAUGCCCCUUUUGACGAAAGCUGGAAAAAGAGAAUUCUGGAGCCCCUCAAAGACCACCGAUACAGAACGGAAGAUGUCACGAAGACCAAGGGAAAUGAGUUUGAAGAUUACUUCUUAAAAAGGGAGCUUCUUAUGGGCAUAUUUGAAAAGGGCUAUGAGAAGCCGUCUCCCAUUCAAGAGGAAAGCAUCCCCGUGGCGCUGGCCGGCAAGAACAUUCUAGCGCGGGCCAAGAAUGGUACAGGGAAGACGGCGGCCUUUGCAAUUCCCCUCCUGGAGAAGUGCAACACGCACAAGAAUUUCAUUCAAGGACUCAUCCUCGUGCCGACGCGGGAACUCGCCCUGCAGACCUCAGCCAUGAUCAAGGAGCUGGGGAAGCACAUGAAGAUUCAGUGCAUGGUCACCACGGGAGGGACGUCGCUCCGAGAGGACAUCAUGCGACUCUACAACGUCGUGCACAUCCUAUGUGGAACACCAGGGAGAAUCCUCGAUUUGGCAAACAAAGAUGUAGCCAACCUAUCAGGGUGCCACAUAAUGGUCAUGGAUGAAGCAGAUAAAUUAUUAUCGCCAGAGUUUCAGCCCAUCGUAGAAGAGCUAAUGAAAUUCUUACCCAAAGAGAAACAAAUACUAAUGUACUCUGCUACCUUCCCCGUCACGGUAAAGGAGUUCAGACAGAUCUACCUCUCAGAUGCUCACGAAAUAAAUCUGAUGGACGAGCUGACCUUGAAAGGAAUUACACAGUACUAUGCCUUUGUAAAGGAAAGACAAAAGGUACAUUGCCUGAAUACCCUUUUUGCAAAGCUCCAAAUAAAUCAAGCCAUCAUCUUCUGUAAUAGCAUAACUAGAGUAGAGUUACUAGCCAAAAAAAUCACCGAAUUAGGUUACAGCUCUUUCUACAUACAUGCAAGAAUGUCUCAAACCCAUCGAAACAGAGUCUUUCAUGACUUUCGAAAUGGAGCCUGCAGAUGUUUAGUUUCUUCGGACCUAUUUACAAGGGGUAUAGACAUACAGUCUGUUAAUGUGGUUAUAAAUUUUGAUUUUCCAAAAAACUCGGAGACGUACCUUCAUAGAAUUGGUCGAUCUGGGAGAUAUGGCCACCUGGGCUUGGCCAUCAACUUGAUUACCUAUGAGGACCGUUUCAAUUUGUACAAAAUCGAGUUGGAGCUCGGCACCGAGAUUCAGCCCAUUCCGAACGAAAUCGACCCCUCCCUCUACACCUAAUUUGUGCCACGGGGAGGGAGCCGGAAGGGCAGACCCAGUGCGCAAUAUGCAGUCGGCAACUACAUUCUGCAAUAUGCAGUGCGCAAUAUGCAGCUUGCCAUCUGCCACUGCAGUGUGCAGCUACAUUCGGCGAACGCGCGAACCAGGCUUUACCCCCCCUCCACACGCACACCCACCCUCACCUAUGUAUGUUUGCGCCAACCGUAUGCAUAUAGUACGCAUAUGGUGUGCACAUCGUGUGCAUAUCUUAUGCAUACUGCAAGGAUGUUGUAUGCACUUGGUACGCAACUGCCAUGCAAAUUUCCCUGCCCUUGGUGUGCACGCCACGCACAGGUGCGCCGCGCGCGCACAGCAACACCCACCGCGGGUGCCUCGCGCGCCCCCUAUUCGUACACAUGCGUCCACAGAGUCUUAUAUAAGCAUAUAUAGACAUACAUAUAUGUAUAUAUAUAUAUGUGCCCACGUAUGCAUGCGUGCCUUUAAAUGUAUGCCAAGCCUUUUCGUGCAUUUCAUUCUUCCCUCGUCUGCGCCUACGACGAUCUGCAGCUCACCUUCCACGCAUCUGAUAUAGCGAACCUCCCAUCGCGCGUACGCAUCUAUCAUCAGCUGUUCCAUUCUUCCCCUUUUUUUUUUUUU